CGAAUUUAUCAGUCGGCCGUGCACGGUUUGAAGUGAUCUACUUAGUUCGUCAGACAAACACAGACCACGUUCGCAAUGCAAUCGCUGGUGGUGUUCUUCGCUCUUGCCGCAGUGGCAUGUGCUUCCUACGUCCCAUUGGCGCAGCCCCCGCACCAUCCUGCCGUGGUGUUGGACCCACAUGGAAGGCCUCUGGAUACCGCCGCAGUAAUCAAUGCUCGUGCUAUUCACCUGCAAGCUAAAGCCCUGGAGCCACAUGCGGCCAUCGCUGUCGCCCCCGUCGCUCACUCGUACGUGGCCCCCGUCGCCCACUCGUACGUGGCCCCUGCUGUGGUCGCCGCCCCCGCCUCCGCCGUCUCCCACCAGUCCCGUGUUGAUGUGCGCACCAGCCCCGCCGUCGUCUCCGUGCACGCUGCUCCCCUCGUGGCCACUCACGGUGCCCUCGCCGCUCCUCUGUUGGGACACUCCGCCCUCGGUCUCGCCGGUCACGGACACUACCUGCACAAGCGCUCCCUCGGACACAUCGCCUACAGCGCGCCCAUCGCCGUCCACGCUCCCUCUGCCGUGUCCCACCAGUCCCGUGUGGACGUAGUGUCCAGCCCAUCCAUCGUGUCGCACGCCGUGGCCGCUCCCGUGGUCGCCCACGCCGUCGCUGCCCCGGUCGCCAUCGCUCCCGCCGCCGUCUCCCACCAGUCCCGCGUUGACGUGCGCUCCAGCCCCGCUGUGUACGCCGCCGCCCCCGUCGCCCACUCCGCCGUGUACGCCGCUGCCGCUCCCUUGGCGCAUUCCGCCGUCUACGCCGCUGCUGCUCCCCUGGCGCACUCCGCUGUGUACGCCGCCCCCGCCCACGCUGCUGGCCAUUGGGCUCAUGCCUGGUAAAAGCGAAACUGACGAACUUCUAAGCUAAUGUGUAUAGUAAUACUCAAACGAUAUUUAUAAAUUUAUAAAUAAAAGUAAAAAAAAAAAUUAAAUAUA